CACGAACCUUUAAGCAGGCCACGAGAUAUGUACUGCUUUGCGCUUCCUGGCUCACCACGAUAGUUAGCUUGCAUUGCGGUCGAACUCAACCAACAUUCUUUGCUCGUGGGAGAGCAUGCGGGCGCCACGAUGCGUCUUCUGAAGCGCUCACCGGACGGCGAUUUCGAGUUGGUUUCUUUCAAAGAUGACGACCCUCCUCCGUAUGCCAUCCUAUCGCACACAUGGACCGAUGGUCAAGAAGUCACGUAUAAUGAGCUGGUGGCCGGUACAGGCAAGGACAAGACUGGCUACGCCAAAAUCCGCUUCUGUUGCGGGAGAGCUGCAGCGGAUGGCCUCCAGUAUUUCUGGGUAGAUACCUGCUGCAUCGACAAGUCUACCAGCGAUGAGCUCAGCACGGCCAUCAAUUCUAUGUUCCGCUGGUAUCAGCGCGCAAGCAAGUGCUACGUAUAUCUGUCAGAUGUCCAGGUCCUAGAUGAGCUUGCUGAUGCCCAAGCGUUCCGGAUAACGUGGGAGGAUUCCUUUCGACGGAGCCGAUGGUUCGCGCGGGGCUGGACGUUGCAGGAGCUUCUCGCGCCGGCCACCGUUGAAUUCUUUUCCAAGGAGGGUAAGCGGCUGGGUAGUAGGAUAACGUUGGAGCAGGAAAUUCAUAAGAUCACCAAGAUUCCUAUCGGAGUAUUGAGAGGACAACAUCUCUCCGAGUUUAGCGUUGACGAGCGAAUGAGCUGGGCAGCGAAACGCAGAACGACGGUUAAGGAGGAUAAGGCAUAUUGUUUACUGGGGAUCUUUGGGGUUUUCAUGCCGCUCAUAUACGGGGAGGGGGAGGAACACGCGUAUCUACGGCUCAGAAGAAAGAUACUGAAGCCUUUAAAGGGGACAGAAGCGCGAGGCAAUGAACACAGAUCGGACCUGCAAGGUAACCCUCAAACGCUACUUAAACCAUCCUCAAACGUCCCCUUCCCCAGAGACAACGACUUCGUCGACCGCGGUAAUAUUCUUGAACAGAUUAACGAGCGAUGCUCGCAGCCAGCGGGUCGCGCGGCGCUUGUAGGGUUCGGCGGGUUUGGGAAAUCGCAGCUCGCGAUCGAAUAUGCGCAUCGGGUUCGGCAAAAGUCGCCUGAAACAUGGGUGUUCUGGAUGCAUGCGAGCAACUCGGCGCGACUUAAGGCGGCAUUCAGCGACAUUGCCCAAGAAGUCGGUCUAUCCCUUCAGCCAACUGCCGCCGUAGACACGCUUCAACUGGUCCGUAGAUGGUUGUGCGACGAGGCCAAUGGACGAUGGCUAAUGAUCGUUGAUAAUACUGACACGGAUAUCACGAUCGAAAUGCAAAACAAGGAAGAGAAGGUGUCCCUGGCUGCUCUGUUACCCCAAAGCGAUCACGGCGCCAUCCUCAUUACGUCGCGCAAUGCCGAUGUUGCGCGAAGUCUCGUUAGCCAUGAGAAAGAUAUUAUUGCGGUUGGGAUAAUGAGCGACGAAGAGGCUGUCCAGCUUCUAGAGAACAAGCUGAGAGAUGGCCCAAGUGAUGGCGCGAUACAGCUUGCCAACGCUCUCGACUGCAUCCCGCUUGCUAUUGUUCAAGCAGCAGCUUAUAUUAACCGGCUUAAGCCUCGCAUGUCCGUCGCGAAGUAUCUUAACGAGCUUAAAACAGUAAAGAAACGAGCACAGCUACUCUACAAGACGGUUCCAGACAUGCGGCGCGACGAGCAAGCGUCGAACUCCGUGCUUAUAACCUGGCAGAUCUCCUUUGACCAUAUACAUCAGAAACGACCGUCGGCAGCGUGUCUUCUUUCGUUUAUGAGCUUCUUUAAUCGGCAAGGCAUCCCCGAGUUUAUGGUUCGCCAUUAUAUAGACAAGGACAAUCAGGGGCGAAAUGAUUUGUUGGAUAACUGCUUAGAAGAGGAGGACGUAGAUUUUGAGGAAGAUGUGGCAGUGCUUCGCGCCUUCUCGCUAGUAGGCAUGACGCAACGCGAGGACGAGUUCGAGAUGCACGGGCUGGUCCAGCUCGCCACACGAAUAUGGCUUGCGUCAACCAAUACAGAAAGGAAAUGGCACCAGGCUUUCAUACAAACGAUGGCUCAUGAGUUCCCGGAUGGGGAGUACGCGAACUGGCCGAAGUGUCAGACUCUUUUUCCGCACGUCUUACCUAUGCUAGAGCAGGAGGGCAUAAAUAACGGGAAGACUCAGGUUGAAAAUUGAUGUGAACUCUGUCUUAUUUCGGGGGCCCGAAGGC